AUGAAGUUAAAACAGAAAAAAAGUAGUAGACUUGUUUUAUCUGACAAAAUAGCAGACGCUCUAACUGUUAAAGCGAGAGCAGACAUCGAGGAUGACCAAGUAUUUGACACCAAACCUAAAACUGUAUCUCGGGUUGAUUUAAACUCUUCCGAUAGCGAAGACGAGGCCGCUAUUAGUGAUUUUCGCAAAAGAAACAUAAACUUAUUGAGUGAUAUUAGUAAGAAAUAUGAUGGUCAAGUAGUUUCACGGAAAGAGCUUGCUGGAAGUGAGGACGGAAGUUACGAAGAAAGUGACACCGAGGAUGAAAGUAACUUAUUGACUGCUAAGGAUCUUUCGCUGGACGACAUAGAAGAAUCCGCUGAUGAGUCCGCUGAUGAUACAAAUAAAGAAAAUGAAUUACCAUCAGAUGAAGAAGAGAGUGAUGAUUAUGGUAUCAAUCAGUUUAAAAAACAAAUUCAGGGCUCUGAUGAUUAUUCUUAUGAUAAUGAAAACGAUUCUGAUAAUGAUGGAGGAUCAGAUGAUGAAAACGAAGAAGAGGGGUAUGACAUCAGUCAAUUGGAUGAACCGAUGAAGGAAGAAUUUGAACAUGUAAAGAAACAAAAUAUUUCUGAAGAAGUGAAAAAGGGAACAAGUGUUAGGAACCAACUGUUGUUAUGGGAAGGUCUUUUAGAAAUGAGGAUACAUUUGCAGAGGUGUAUGAAUAUGGCCAAUCAGUUACCUUUACCUGAUACUUAUCUGGAGUUGAAAGAGAACAAUGACUUCACUGAGGAAUGCAGUGCUGCUAAGGCUAAUGUUGCCACUGUUUUAGAUAAGUUUUUAAAUCUACAGAAUAUGCUGUACAAAAAUUUCCCAGAAACAAAAAACUUGUCAACAAAGAAACAGUCCACUGAAACAGAGCCAAAUAAGAAAGAAGAGAGUGAUGAAGAAAUUCCAAGUGAUACAGACAAUGAGGAAAUACCAUCAGACACUGAAGGUGAAGAAGAAGAAAAACAGGAAGUCAAAUCACCCAAAUGCAGUGUAAAACCAAGUUCUACAAGAAAGCGUAAACUAGAAGAAUAUGGCAAAGAACUUGCAAUGUCACAUAAGGCCUUUAAAUCAUUCAGAGAUUCAACUAUUCAGAAAUGGAAUGACAAAACUAGACUUGCUACAGCAGCUAAUAUUAAAAAUACACCAACAAAUACGAUUUUACAACAGAUAUCGUAUAUACUGUCUGAUAGAGAGAAACUUAUAAAAAGAACGCAAUUGAAAAGGUCAGAAUAUGACAUUAUUGGGUAUAAAAAGGCAGAAGAUGUAGAAGAGAAUGGAGAUGCAAAUCCUAUGACUAAAGGCAGGAAAGAAAAUGACGAAUAUAUUUCUGAAAUAUUUGAUGAUAGUGAUUUUUAUCACCAGUUGUUGAGAGAGCUUAUAGAAUGUAAAUCGGCAGAUAUUUCUGAUCCAGUCCAGUUGAGUCGGCAGUGGAUUGCAUUACAACAAAUGAGAAGUAAAAUGAAACGAAAAGUUGAUACAAAAGCUACGAAAGGAAGGAAGAUUAAGUACGUAGUUCAUAAUCAAUUAGUGAAUUAUAUGGCACCUGAGAAAUGUACCACUUGGACAGAUGAGAGUAGAAAUGAGUUGUAUAGUUCACUGUUUGGUAAAAUGUUUGAACAUAAUAAUAUUGGUUUAAAUGCUAAUGUAGAAAAUGGAUUUAAGUUAAAAGAUUAG